AUGAUGAGUAAAAUGAAGCUUCUCGAUUCUGAUGAUGACGAGGACGUUGAGGGGACAUCCAAUUCGUUGGAAAUAAACAAAAAUUAUGCAGAGCGUUACGAGAAUUGGAGAAGAUUAGAGGAGCUACAGAAAAUCAAGGAUAAGUAUGGCGAUAAUCUUGAAGAGUCGUCGUCGAGUGAAGAAGAGAUGGAAUGGAGCGCUGCAGAUGAAAUGCAGUUCUUGCGAACGCUCAGCGCCUUGAAGGACAACGAUAAUGCCAUUUAUGAUGAAAAAUCUUCUUUCUGGCAAAGUGACGAUAAAGAAGAAGCAGGUUCUCGGAAGAAGCUAAAAAAGAAGGACUCGAAGGAGAAGCCUAUGUAUCUGAAAGACUACGAACGGAAAUUAAUCCUGGAAAAGGGAGGACAAAUUGAUGAGAGCGAUGAGGAAGACGGUGCCAAAAGCUCGAAUUACUUUGAACAGCAGGAGCAGAUAAGGAAAGAACUCCGCCGCGUAAUUGAAAGUCAUGAGGCUGAAGACAACGAGUUCUAUGCAUGGAUGAAAACGCAGGAUUCAAAAGAUGUUAGUGAAGAUGACUGUUUGAAAGGUCUUAAAAAGGCCUGGAAGGACCCUAAUAUAGACGAAGGAGAGAAAUUUUUGCGUGAUUAUAUUUUGAAUAAGGAUUUUAUUCCUGAUGUAGAGGACAAAGGAGUCACUGUCGACGACAUACAAGAGAUAGAGGAAGAUGAAAAGAUGCUCGAAAUGCAGCGAAAUUUUGAACACAAAUACAACUUCCGUUUUGAAGAGCCUGAUCAGGAGUUUAUCAAACAGUAUCCCAGAACAGUGGGCGAUUCUCUAAGGCAGAGCAAUUCGAAGAGAAAGGAGAAAAGAGAGGAGUACAAAGAGAGGAAGGAAAGGGAAAAGAAUGAGCGGAGGCAGGAAAUACGCGAACUGAAGAAGAUGAAAAAGGCUGAAAUUGAGAAAAAGUUGGAGAGGCUGAAAAAGAUGGCUGGAGACGACAUUUCCAUAAAUGUUGAUGAUCUCACUUGUGAUUUUGAUCCUCGAGAGUACGAUAGAAGAAUGGAGCAAAUUUUCAAUGAAGAGUAUUACGGUAAAGAUGACUCAAUUGGCGAUCAGGACACGGAGAAACCCGUCUUCAGCGACAUUGAUAGUGAUGUUGACAGCGAUAGUAGCGAUUACGACAAAGUUCGUCAAUCUCGACGUAAAAUGAAGCGUAACAGCAAGUUCCGAGAAGCUGUCCGGAGGAAAAAACCGCUCUUCGAUCCCAAGGAAAAAACCUUCGAAGAAUAUUUCAAUGAGUACUAUGCUCUUGAUUAUGAAGAUAUAAUCGGAGAUCAUCUUACCCGCUUCAAAUACAGGCAAGUCGUUCCAAAUGACUUUGGUCUGUCCGUUGGCGAAAUUCUGUCAGCUGACGAUCGACAGUUAAACGCUUGGGCUUCUCUCAAAAAGGCAACUGGAUACCGAAGUGAGCAUGAGGAACUAGUUGAACUGAAUCGUUACAAGAAAAAAGCUGCUGAUUUGAAGAAAAAGCAACGCAUUUUCUCUACAGACUUCGGAGGGUACGAAAAAUUAAAAUUACAGUUCAUAUUAAAUCAAUGUUGUUUCUACUGCAUAAAAAAAUUUAAAACUAAAAUUAAAAAAUUAAAUUUAAAAAAAUUAAAAUUAAAAGAGAUGCAAUUUAAAGUGAAAUCUUUGUCAGAACAAAUCCUCUCUGCGUCAUUAACAACAAUAUGCUUUCAUCUGACUAAGUGGAGGCGGAGUUGCAACUCAUAA